AGGAAGUCGUCUGCGCAGAACAGUCUGUGUCUCUCCCAAGCAUGCACUCGGUAACAUGAUACCUACGCGCGCCGUCGGGCGGGCUUCUCGGGUACGACUAGAGUCUGCCUCAAAGCUCUUCCUGCGAUACUCCUCCACCGCUCCACGGGCGCCAGAAGAGAGCGACAAAGCGCCGUCUCCUCGGUGGCUGUCCGACACCAAGGCCCGCAUAGGAAAAUGCAUUACCUUCGGCAUGUCCAAGUCCUUGGUCGACGAAGCGGGUCAGGUCUUGGGGGUCCUUGGCCGAGACUGGCGAGCCUUGACUGCCGGUAGCGAAGGGUUUCUGACUGACCCAAGAAGAGCGGGCUUGCACCGGCACAAAAUCGUCUGGGGAGAGCAGGACUCGAUGGGCCACGUCAACAACGUCAUGUAUGUGCGAUACGCGGAGAGUUCAAGGUGCAAUACGGUGCGCAACUUCGCGAAACACGUCGAUCCAGUGCAUCGAAAAGCGUGGGAAAACCUGUUGUCGAACCAAGGUAUCGGACUGAUAUUGAAGAGCAUCACGGUGGACUUCAAGUUCCCGAUGACCUGGCCUGAUCGGAUCUCGGUGUAUCACAAGUUGAGAUCUUGUCCGGACGAGAAGACCACGUCUUUGGUCCUGGAUGUGCUGAUUCUGUCGGAGAACAAGCAACGGCCGGCGGCGCGGUGUCUGGAAGAGUCUGUCAUCUAUGAUUACCGGGUGAGCAAGAAGAGUACCAUGGAACCCUUUAUGGUUGAGCAACUGCGCACAACGUUUGAGUUACAAGAAACUGCGAAGAGGGAGAAUCUGGCCAAAGUCCAGCUGAUAGAGGAACAGGUUCGACAUUUGGAGAAGCAGAGCUGGGAUCGGCCUGAUGCGGUGGAAGACUUUGGCGGUGCGACGAAACAAUGAAAAGAUUUGCUAGACCUACCAUCGACGAAAGUCGACGCGACUGCCAUAAGAGCUACCGGCGAUACGAGGACACAUGGCGCCUGAGGACGAUGGAGUCAGUCAUAUGGCUUAGCUCCCGUUGGCCGAGCUGUGGGAAAGGUGCUAUAAAAGCCAAGCCAUAGCGUAUAUGGUGUGGCUUCUUGCAGCUGGGCAAGUCACCAUUGCAAGCGAGCAGGAUACCGCUUGUGUCGAGUGUCCUCUGCUUGCGCAGAGACCGGCUUCUUGCUGGUCAUCAUAGAAGCAAGCUAAAUCAGCACAAGUGCUGCUGAUGUACCAAAUCGGUCAGGCACAUCGGAGGAUCAGUGGAAGGGACUGGACAUAUAGAUGAACAUAAGCGCUACUCCAGCGCGGGUAUAUAUUGCCACGACGAGGAAUGA